GUUCUGGAAUACCGUAUCGUCAGUAUCGUGUCUUUCGGCAGUUUGUCGGUGUAAUUUUAUCGAUAAUGUUUUUUAGCAAUUUAACGAAUAAUCUACGUUAUUAUAUAAAUUAAGUUACAUCGUGAUAUAGAGAAAUGUCUAAUUCACUCGUGCAUAAAAGUUUAGAAUUAUUGGGUUAUGAAGAAGAUUCACAGAGAGAACAAAGAAAGAAGAAGAAACGUAAGGAUAUCAGAUAUAAAGGAGCCUUAGAUUUAAUUCCCACUAAACAUAGGAUAAUCUCUAAAAACGACAAGACAGAUCUUGAUACUAUUUUGAAUCGAUCCAGCAAAACUACCGUUUAUGAGACUCAGAAACGCUUAGCCACUUUAAAAGAUCCUACUGAUGAAAAUGUACAAAGGCUCCUUUUAUUCAGCAGUAAUCGGAUAAAUGCUGAAACAGCAAAUAUUUUGUUGCAACGUGCUGUAGGAAAGAAAUACAUUCAACAAGAAAAACUCAAGAAAUCAGAAGAAACAGCUUUUACAGAAGAAGAUUUCAAGAACUUUGAACAAGAAUAUAUAGAAUAAUAUUGAUAAUGACACUGAAUUGUAAGGAAUAGCACAAUGUGUAAACAACAAAAUCAAAAUAGAAA